GUGACAACUAAAACCAAUAGAAGGAGCUUGCAAAUAAGAGGGGAAAGUUUCGGGGAAAUCGAAUCAAUAUGACUUCAGUAGCAUUGACGAACCGGGAACUGAAGAACAAAGCAACUGGUGUUGAUAUUCUGGUUCCUCGUUACGAACACAUCCCAGGGCCAUUUGGAGGAUCAGUUGAUUAUCACAUUAUUGUUGUCACACAGUUGUUUUAUUUCAAAACACCCGCUAAACACAAGGAGUCUGAUAUUGUGCAGUUUAUGAUACCGCAAAAGUAUGAAUUGUUUGAAGAGUUAUGCAAUAAAUUGACUCAGAAGUUCCCCAGUGUCGUGUUUGACCCUCCACCAAAGAAACCAUUUUUAGUCAAUGAUACAGUGCUCAGUGGACGUCGCCAGUACAUGCAAGAUGUACUACAACAAAUAGCUGGUACUCCUAAACUGGCCUGCAGUUCAUUGGUUCUUGAGUUUCUUGGUGCAAAGAGAGGUCACAAAGAGGUGAACAGAUUUGAGGACACUCAUGGUGUAUCAGAUAAGGAUGAAGACACUUCUACAGGAAAGAGAAAUACUCAAGAAGAAAUAGCCGACGAUGUUGACUUGUUUGCUGGCGCUGAUGGAAAAGAUGGCCAAACUGAUGAUAGGGACGAAGAAGAAGAGGAAUUGUUUUCUGCUGCCAAAUCAUCUGCUCCUCUUUCAAGCUCGAGAGUGAAAGGCUUCUCGAUAUUUAGCACUGAUGAUAAAGAUGAUGCGAAUGAUGAAGAUAUUAACACUCUGUUUGUACCAGCGGGCGCUGAAGAGAGAAAUACAGUCAAUCUCGAGAUAGAAGACAAUUCUGAACUUCUGAAGAUCGAAGACGACUUAGAUAAGCUCUUGAGUGUCAAGGCAAAACCUGAGAAGCCACCUAAACCAUCGAAACCUGUGGCGAAGCCUCGUCUCAAACCGAAACCUAAUCUAAAGCCCAAACCGACUCCGAAGCCCAGGUUUGUAGAGGCGGCUGCUGGAGAAAACGAAUUAUUUGGACCAGAAGAUACAGAGGCUACCGAACAGAAGACCAAAGAAGCAUCUGCUACAAAAGGAAAAGCUGGAAGCGAAGACUUGUUUGAUCGAGCAAGGAAACAUUCUUUUAGAUCGUCAUCCCAAGGAGAGGAAACGCUGGACGACAUUUUCAAAACAAAGUCACGAUCAGUUUUCGAGACAGAGGACGACGAUGACUUAUUUAAAACAGCUUCGAGAGCCGAAAAGCAAAAUGUAGAGGAGAUGGGUGUGGACGACAUAGCAAACUACAUUCAGCAGAACAAGCCCGACUCAAAUGCAAAAUUAGAUUUAUUUUAAAAAUAGGCACCCAGGAGUUUAUGAACAAUUUUAAAUCUAUCAACGCGAUCAAUAAUUGGAACAACAUUAAUUCUCAUGAGAUCCCGGUAGAAAAUGAGGGAUAGGAGAACGCACCUUUCCCAGAGGCGACGAAAUUCUCGCGCCGAAGCGCUAAUGAUAAGGACCUUUCUUGCAGACUAAAAGAGGACACGAGCUCAAAGGUUCCAUUGUCGCCGCAACGAAUAGGUUCCAGGACCAAACCUCCCGUGAGGAGUGGCUGCUUUAAUAUUUAGGCUAUAGGAACUUUUGUCAUAGAAAAGAAAAGCAUUUCAGAUUUUAUAAGAUAAAGGAAGGUUCAUAAAAUAGCUAGAGAUAACUAGAUUUCUGUCUCGGAUCUAUACGGAGAUUUUUUCAGUCACCCUCAAACAAUAAGCGAAAUUGUUUGGUUGAACACAAAUAAAAUAUAAUUAUGCAGUGAUUUAUUA